CUUGUUAGCUUUCGACAACAAAGACAUCAUCCCGAAACAAUAAGAUCAACGUGAAUUGAAAGGCUUGUCAUUAAUUGUCACGAUAUAUUUGCAUUUUGUUAUAUUUCAUGGAUUUGGGAGUAGCAAAGAAUUUGGAUGAUGCGUUGAAGCAAAGCCGGUACCAUGCAAAAAGAUGCUUUGAUCGGUUUACAUCACGUGGGAAAAGAGUGGCAAAACCCCAGGAAUUGAUUAACAUAAUUGAAAACCACAUUGAUGACAAGCUUGAAAAGGCCAAGAUUUUGGAUGGUUCACUAGGACAAAUCCUGAGUGAAACACAGGAGAUAGUGAUAAUUCCACCAUAUGUUGUAUUAGGGGUGAGGGUGAGUCCUGGACGAUGGGCUUACCUAAAGGUCAAUGCUGAUGAUAUCACCGUUCAAUCGCUUACUCCUGCACAAUAUUUGAAGUUUAAGGAAUCCAUCUAUGAUAAUGAAUGGGCAAAGGAUGAAAACGCCCUUGAAGUAGAUUUUGAAGCAUUUGAUUUUGGUACACCUCGGCUAACCCUCUCUUCAUCAAUCGGCAAUGGCCUCAACUACAUUUCAAAGUUCACCACUUCAAGACUCGGUGGUGAUCUAGAGAAUGCAAAGCCAUUGCUCGACCACCUACUAGCUCUAAAUCAUCAUGGAGAGAACCUUAUGAUCAAUGAAACAAUAGAUACAGUUUCCAAGCUCCAAAAAGCAUUGAUUGUUGCUGAUGUUUACUUAUCUGCACACCCAAAAGACGAGCAAUUUCAUACCUUUGAGCCCAAGCUUAAAGAAUGGGGAUUUGAAAAAGGUUGGGGAGAUACUGCUCAAAGAGUCAAGGAGACAAUGAAGAUGCUUUCAGAGAUUCUUCAAGCUCCAGAUCCGAUUAACAUGGAAUCAUUCUUUAGCAGACUUCCGGUUAUAUUCAACAUUGUGAUCUUUUCCAUUCAUGGCUACUUUGGACAAUCAGAUGUUCUCGGAUUGCCUGAUACCGGAGGCCAGGUGGUCUACAUUCUUGAUCAAGUGAAAGCAUUAGAAGAAGAGAUAUUACUAAGAAUAAAGCAGCAAGGAUUGAAUGCAAAGCCUAGGAUUCUAGUGGUGAGUCGACUCAUUCCUGACGCACAAGGAACAAAGUGUAAUGAGGAGUUGGAACCAAUCUUGAACACCAUGCAUUCUCAUAUUCUCCGGGUUCCUUUUAGAACAUCGAAAAGCAUUGUUCGUCAAUGGGUCUCACGGUUUGAUAUCUACCCCUACCUUGAAACAUUCGUACAGGACGCAUCUUCUAGAGUACUGGAGGUAAUGGAGUGUAAACCAGAUCUUAUACUCGGAAACUACACAGAUGGGAAUAUUGCAGCAUCUCUUAUGGCCAAAAAGUUUGGAGUAACACAGGGGACGAUUGCACACGCGUUGGAGAAGACUAAGUAUGAAGAUUCGGAUGUUAACUGGAAAAAAUUUGAAAAAAAAUAUCAUUUCUCGUGCCAAUUCACCGCAGAUUUGAUCUCAAUGAAUGCUGCUGAUUUCAUAAUCACAAGCACAUAUCAAGAAAUUGCAGGAAGUAAUCAAAGGUCGGGUCAAUAUGAGACCCAUGCAGCUUUUACCAUGCCUGGACUAUGGAGAGUUGUCUCGGGAAUUAAUGUGUUUGAUCCAAAGUUCAACAUAGCUGCACCUGGAGCAGAACAAUCAGUUUAUUUCCCUUAUACAGAGAAAGAUAAACGAUUACAUUCGUUUCAUCCAGCAAUCAACGAAUUACUUUUCAACGAACAAGACAACCACGAGCAUAUGGGAUAUCUGGCGGACAAAAGCAAACCAAUAAUAUUCUCGAUGGCAAGGCUUGAUACAGUUAAGAAUAUUACUGGAUUGACAGAGUGGUUCGGAAAGAACAAACGGCUCAGAAGUCUUGUAAACUUGGUAGUAGUUGCAGGCUUCUUUGAUCCAUCGAAGUCCAAAGAUCGAGAAGAGAUGGCUGAAAUAAAAAAGAUGCACGAAUUGGUCGAGAAAUAUAAACUUAAGGGUCAAUUCAGAUGGAUAGCAGCUCAAAACGAUAGGACUCGCAAUGGAGAACUGUAUCGUUGUAUUGCUGACACAAAGGGGGCUUUUGUGCAGCCAGCAUUAUAUGAAGCUUUUGGAUUGACUGUUAUCGAAGCCAUGAACUGUGGGCUGCCAACUUUUGCAACAAACCAAGGAGGACCUGCAGAGAUCAUAGUUGACGGGGUUUCAGGGUUUCAUAUUGAUCCCAACAAUGGAGAUGAAUCAAGCAACAAAAUUGCUGAUUUCUUCACAAAAUGCAAAGCUGAUAGUGAAUACUGGGAUCAGGUAUCUCAAGGUGGACUUCAACGUAUUUACGAGUGCUACACAUGGAAGAUAUAUGCUAACAAAGCAUUGAACAUGGGCUCAAUGUAUGGCUUUUGGAAGCAACUGAACAAAGAAACUAAGCAAGCAAAGCAACGAUAUAUCGACAUUUUGUAUAACUUACAGUUCAAAAACUUGGCAAAGGCCAUAGAAAUCCCUGAUGUUGCAACACCCAGUGCAAACAUCAAGCCAUCACCUGUAAAACCUCGAGAUCAGGUGCAAAAGGGGAAACCAAGAGAAACAGCUCCACCACAGAUGGCGUUAACCGCGCCUGGUAAACUGAUACCAAGGGAGCCAAGCUUUGGGUCAAGGAGACUAAGUUCAGUGACCAGUGCAGGAAAACCAUUGCUUGUUUUUGUCUCUGUAUUGAUAGUUGUCUAUGCAUCAAAGAAUUUGUAUAACUAUUUCAAUUAGGGAAUUAUAGUCUACCACUGGUGAUGUAAGUAUGAUAAUGCUGUGGUAACCAUAAGUGUUCAUAAAUAAAAAGCAAGAUUUUAAUGUAA